AUGGCGUCGCGAUCCGCCUCCAUCGUCCAAGCCAACGUCACGAGCGGGUACAACCUCCUCACGAUCGACGGCUACAUGGCCACCACGCCGAUACCCACCGGAGUGUACAUGACGUCGAGCGCGUUCGCCAUCGGAGGCCAUCAAUGGCGCAUCAGUUACUACCCCAACGGCAAGAACUCCGGCUGCGCCGACUACAUCUCCUUCGACCUCAUCCUCGACGAGAAUGUCGCCGCGCCGGUGUACGCGCAGCACCGGUUCCGGAGGCAUCUGAAGAACGAUUCCUUCAUCGUCCGAUGCGACGUCGUCGUCACCGAGUUCCGCCCGGCGGAAGUGGCGCCCGGCAGCGUCGAUGUCGACGGGCCGCCGUCCGACCUGCACCGUCACCUCGGCGACCUCCUCCGCGGAGAAACUGGCGCCGACGUGGUGUUCGAGGUCGGCGGCGAGAGGUUCGCCGCGCACCGGUGCGUGCUCGACGCCCGGUCGUCCGUCUUCGACCUAGAGCUCUUCGGCGCAACGACUGCGAAGGAGGUCGUCGUCGGCCAAAGCACCGGCAUCGUCCGCGUCGACGGCAUGGAGGCGCGGGUGUUCAAGGCGUUGCUCUUCUUCGCGUACACCGACUCGUGGAAUGGUAGUUGGAGCACGAGCCAGCUACCGAACCAGGACACAUCAGCUAAGACACCGAUUCCACAAAAUCCCCCGCGGCCGUGA